CCGGCGAUCCCCAUUAUUUGCUUUCCAUAGGUACACGCACGUGGAGUUCGUUAGGCCUCAGUGAAGCGCAACGCCGAGAGGACCGAAAUUCAUCUUUUCUAUCGUAGCCAAUCCAAGAAACUCUCUGAUAUGGCUGAUGAAGUAAAUCCCAAAGCCUACCCCCUGGCUGAUGCUGAACUUACUAAGACUCUUCUUGAUCUGGUGCAGCAAGCUUUCAACUACAAACAGCUACGGAAGGGAGCAAAUGAAGCCACCAAGACCCUUAACCGUGGUAUCUCAGAGUUCAUCAUCCUGGCAGCUGACGCAGAGCCUCUGGAGAUCUUACUCCACCUUCCUCUCUUGUGUGAAGAUAAGAAUGUACCUUAUGUCUUUGUCAGGUCCAAGGAAGCUCUUGGUCGUGCCUGUGGUGUCUCCCGUCCCGUCAUAUCCUGUUCAGUGACCACCAAUGAGGGCUCCCAACUGAAGCCACAGAUCACCCGUAUGCAGCAGGCAAUUGAAAAACUCCUUAUCUAAGAUGUGACAAUCCACUACGAUCACAUGGUUUCAGAUAGGAUGAAUUAUUAUUUGUGUUCUUUUUUUCUUUCCUAACUGUGUGGUAUUCUGCAUCAUUGCACUUGACCAAAAUAUUUAAUUGGCAAAGAUUUUUAAGAAACAUUUAGAUUCAAUCUUCAAAUUAGUUUUUGCUUUUCCAGAAUUACAUCUGUGGCUUUACCCCAUUUCCACAGGAGGCAAUUUAAUGUCAUUGUCUCUUGAAGUGGU